GUAUUUCAUUAAAGUUUUUUUUCUGAUUUGAUUAAAUUUUAGUGGUAAAUGAUAUUUGGCAAUCAAAACGAUAGGUAUCGCUAUAAAUUUUUAAAUUAUUUUGGAUAGUCUACAUUGUUGUCUUCAACCCUAGGCAAUAAACAACAAAUUGAGAUUUUGACCCUUUGAGAAUGUUUUGAAGUGGAAAGCUAUAUAGCCACAAGUACUCCUGACUAACAGUUUUAAAAAAUUUGUUUAGAUGCGUUUAUUAAGAAAGUCGAAAAUGAAGCGAGUGAAGAAUCCAACUAAUGUUAAAAUAAUUACUCCAGCUUACCGUCUCUUUCUACAGAAACAGGCGCGUGCUGAAGAAGAAGAACUGCAGAACUCUUUUACUGCAAUGUUUGAAAAAGCUCGUUUGUCUGGUGUAUUGGAUCUCUCCAAAAAAGAUUUGGCUACAGUGCCUAACUGCGUUUACAACAUCUAUAAAAAGAAUAAAAAAAAUGCUAUAGAGGAGACCAUCACAAAGUUUGAACAGUUAUACGCCGGUAUGUCCAUAUUUGAGCUAAAUCUGUCAAAAAAUAAACUACAACACAUCUCGGCUGAUAUUGGCAACAUCGAACCUCUUACGAGACUGAGAUUAAAUAACAAUAAUAUUUCUUCUUUACCCAAUACCAUCGAUAAACUACGCAGAUUGGCUUCUGUUGAUUUGGGCAACAAUAAAUUGACAGAGUUGCCUUGUAAUUUUUACAAUUUGGUCAAUUUGCGUAACCUUGUGUUGUCGAAAAAUUCACUAAAACACUUGGAUGAUGGUAUAGGAAAGUUAGUGUAUUUAGAGCAAUUAGACUUAAGGUAUAACAAAUUGUCAGCAUUACCGAACUGUCUUGGCAAUUUAAAGCAGUUAAAGGAAUUGUUAUUAUCGUUCAACUACCUCACUACACUACCACCUUCUAUAGGGGAUUUAUGCUCACUGGAUAAGCUGGAAGUAACGAAUAAUAACUUGACUUGUUUACCGAUGGAGAUAGGAAGAUUGUUGCAUUUACGUUAUCUCUGUUUGCAGCACAAUCAGAUCAAAAACUUGAUGCCAAUAGUGGGGUGUGCAAGAAUUUCGGAAUUAUAUGUCGCAAAUAAUUUAAUUCAAAAGUUGCCAUUAAGAUUUGGACAAAAUUUAAUUGUACUUAAUAUGCGUAGAAAUAAACUGACUGAGUUGCCAAGAGAUGUAGGCAACAUGAAGUACUUGAUCAGAUUAGAUAUUUCGCAUAAUAAAAUACAGAAGCUGCCUUGCACAUUGGGUACAUUAAAAUUCCUUCUAACAUUGAACUUCGAGGGAAAUCCUAUCAAUGCAAUUUAUCGUGAUCUUAGAGUUGCUGAAGAGCCACGUGCUUAUUCACUGAUUACAAGAUCACAUAGCGCCCAUAAAUUUAAAAUGAUCUCGAGCAGUGAUCACACUGAGAUAUUCUUGCAACCAGCCAAUCACAAGGGAUGUAUAACGGCAAUGAAAACUGAACGUGAAUUCGGCGGAGCUAAUUUUGCUAGUAGAAGCCUAUCUGAAUUACCGAUUGAAUUCGAAUUUAUAUGUCAAUGCGCUCUAGACUUAGAUUUGAUGGAUAGGCCCAAUAGUCCGUUAGCUCCGCCUUUUAUACAGCACUUUAUGAAUAUUAAACGAAUGAAUUUAUCCCACAAUAAUCUACGUGACUUGCCGUUCGCUUUUAGCGUACUGACGAAGUUAAAUGAAUUGAAUAUAUCUGUUAAUCAGUUCAAACAUAUACCAGCUGGCGUAUAUAAGCUACAUAACCUGAAGGUACUCAAUGCCUCUAAUAACAAACUUAUUUCGCUUGACUUUUCGGCAAGUGGAUUUGAAGCUUUAGAGAAUUUGAGGGUUUUGCGUGUUAGAGCUAAUAAAAUUACAAAAAUACCUGUGCAAUUAAUUGAUAUGAAGAACUUAAUUACAUUGGAUAUACUGAAUAAUCCUCUACUACAGCCACCACGAAAUGUAAUUAUGAAGGGCACAAAUGCUAUUAGAAACUAUCUUAAAUUUAAUAAGCGUUUAUUGUAGGCUCAAGAGUAGAUUUGAGCAUAUCCUGACUGUGUUUACAUCUACAAAAUUUAAAGUUUAAGCAGAUGGAAGAAAAAUUGAAUGUAUUUUUUGA